AGAAGAGGAGCGGUGUUGCAGCGACAGCAGUAGCUCAAUUGAGUUUGUUUGCUUCGCCACAACCAGCCUCGCUUCCAUCCCACCAUCGCCACCCUCCCCCUUGUCUUUCCUCUCCUCCUCUCUCCUCAAGCACACCACCCUAGUCACCUGAGAUUACAGAUGCACCUGCAGAAAGAGCGAGAAAGAGAGAGAGAGAGGCAGAGGAACAACCGGCUUGGUGCUCUCAGGAGUUGAGGUUAGCUUAUCUGUCCCGCGCCACAUGGCACUCGACCAAGGCGAUAGGAGUCGCGAGCGUUUGGCUGGUGAAUCCGAAAAAAAUGGAGAAGAGAGGUGGGAGAGUGAUCGACACCAAGCCAGCAAGAAUUUGAAUACGUCGGGAUCCAUGUCAACGGAUCAGAAGAAGAAGCUGCUUUGGGGCAGAAAAAAGGCUUUAGUGGAGCAGGUAGGGCUAUGUAAAUGCUGAUUUGGUAUUGUAAUCGAUAGAGGAGCCAGUCGUGGCAGCUGCGGGAUCUAAUCGCUGGGACACCGUACAAUUUUCAGAUAGUGAGCGUACCAAAAAAUUUCACAAACUCAUGGGCGUGAAGAAUGAAACAAAAGAGGGGAACGCACCACCGUCUGCUUCCGGUGCUAGUGCAGUAACGGAAGAAAAACAGAGAAAGCUUCAAAAGGAUUUAGAGAAGCAGUUCAAUCAGGGACUGGAAAGACGAGAUGGGCGGACUGCUGGAUUAGGUUUGUAGCAACGGUACAACCGGCUAUCAUUUGAUGUAAAAAUUGAAAAUAGUACGAAGGUUCCGUCCUGGCCUUGGGAAACACCAUGAUGUUCAGUUCCCUUGUUUCAUGAGCAAGGUGAUACGAAGAAAACAACAAGCGCAACGGUUUAACCGUUUUGCGUUCGGUGAACGACCGCUGUGCCAAACUGUUUCUGAAGCCCCUCAAUUGUCACUUAUGUAGAAAAGUGAGAACCAAGAUUUUGGGUCCUCUAUCCUGUCCAGCUUCGCCUCAACUACGCCGGUUUCUGCACCUCUCACUCAGAGAAUAGCACAGUCGAUAGUGGAUAUGAACCGCGCCGGUCGUAGAGAUUUUAACUCAGAGUAGAGUGAUCUCCUCGAUGCUCAUCUUGAAGUUGCUGCACAGCACAGAAAGGAAAUGUCAAUGAUCGCAUCUGCUUCCCCUGUAGAAUUAAAUCUUGCCUGAUUAAUCUCUCCCGGUAUGCAUCCUCUCCGUAAGAUGCAGUAGAGGAGACGUUUGUAAAGGUUAUUACACAUUUUAUACGUAAAAACUUCUAACCCAACGGAACUGACGUCAUAAUGUUCCAUUGAUACUCCAUGUGUUCAUAGCAUCCUCUUGGAGUUAAAAUUCAAAGUAACGUUUUAUCUUAAGUUUUUGUGGAACUAUCUUGAGCACAAGCGUUCAUGUAACAUAUCGUUUUCUCAUUGCCCGGAUAGAUACAAUCCUGAUUCACAACGUGAACUAAACCGACAACACUCAAUCUGAGCAAGGAAGAAGAAUAUUCAUCACCAAUCUGAAUCUGAAAAGUAGCUCCGACUAUUGGCCGGUGGCCGCUUCGGUGCAGGUUGCGUCUGUUACCGCAACGGGGACGAAUAGUUAGAGGAAAUGUUAGGUCGAAUUAUGCACUUGUGACCUCCAGGGUGAUAGUACUCAUAGAGAGAUUACCGACGAUGAGCUUCCUCCCCAGACUUCCGUUACUCGCCGACCUAAACAAUGUGUGCCAGAGUCCGCCGCGAGGUACACAAAUGAAGUUUCAGCGCGAGAAGUUGGCGUAAAGUUGAGAAUACUAUCACAGUGAUGACGACUCUUGGAAUGCAUUCCAAACUUGAACAGCAGUGAGUCUGGAGACUCACGAGAAUGGUGAUAAAUGCCUGUAUAAGAUUUAUGUACGAUGAGUGAGCGAGAGCGAGAGAGAGCCCUUAGUAAAAUUUUGAUCGCAUCAGUGAAAUCGAGAUUUGAUUGACAUGCCUUGCGCAGCUCUGGGCAGGAAAUCGUUCCAUCGCCAUCCUGCGAUGCAAUGGUUCUCAAUGCUGUCCAGAGAAUGGGGUGUUGUUGGCGCAGCAAGAGACUGGUCGCUUUUUCGUCGUGGGUUUACCUCAGAAUCGGCAGUGCAGAUCAAGGUAUUGCAGGAGAGGACUGAGGCGCCCGUUGGAGAUGUCAAAGCAGCUCUGCUGCAGUGUGGAUGGGAUACUGAUGCUGCAAUGAUGGAGCUGACGAAGAAAGGUCUGAUACCUGCGACCCGGAAAACAAAUCCUGUAGCUUUGGAUGGACUACUUGCUGUGGCGAGUAUGAAGGGGGCGGCUGCCGUUAUAGAAAUAAAUUCUGAGACCAAUUCCGUUGCUCGAAAUGAAAUAUUUUGCCAUCUGGCCUCACGAAUUGCACAAGCGGCUCUUAGUAUGGAAACAUUAAAAUCUUCACCCGGAAGUGCACUAACAGUUGACGUACCUGCUUUACAGGCUGUAAAAAUCAAUCUGGAACAUGAGAAAUUGAGUGGCGAAGCCACGGUGCAAGAAGCUGUGACAGAGGUAGCCGCCAUCAUUGGCGAGAACGUGCAGCUUCGAAGGGGUUUUCUCAUGUCGUCCACCACAGGCAUUGUGUCUUCCUACUUACACGCAUCUGCACAUCCAGGGCUUGCAAGGAUUGUGGGCCUAAUCGCUCUUGAACCAGACCAUGGCAUUUUGCAAGGUCAGGAGCCUGAGGCACAGAUUGGAACAGCUUUGGCCAUGCAUGUUGUGGCAGCUAAACCACUCUUUUUGUCUAGGGAGCUUGUACCUCAAACUGUUAUCCGUCGUGAGACGAUUGCUUUUCGGUCUCAGGCUUUAAUUUCGGGAAAAAAACCCGCCGUGGUAGAAAGGAUGGUGCUGGGCCGAUUUCGCAGAUAUUUUGAAGAGACGGUUUUGUUGGACCAAAAGUUUGUAAUUAAUGACUACAUAAAUGUUCAGACUGUUCUUGACGACCACCACAAACAAACCGGAAGACGUAUUAAGAUCAGAAAUUUUUUAAGGUUGGAGGUUGGUGAAGGACUGUAAUGAAGGAAGUAUAACGAAGAGGCAGGAAUAUGAAUCAACAUAAGACUGAGAUGACUAUCUGAGAUCCCUGCGGCUUUCAUUUUUGAGAGUUCAGUAUCUUCUGGCUGCGAGAAGUAUCAAAGCAUCAGCGGUCUAGGACCAUUAUUCUGUAUAGAGUUUGAAGAGUUCAACCGAGUUGACUUCACUCUAGAGCUGCUUCACUGCGGAAUUGGUAUUGUAGUCAUUUCAUGAAAGUUGUUCAUCACAGUAUGAUAAUUUAUAUGCUCACAUAAAAUUUUAGAUUUGACAGUGAAGUCGUUGAAAAUAUACUGCGUGUUGUCCAUAGCCACUACAUGCUCGACAGUUUGUUAGAAAGUAAUUGUUACAUUUAUAUACUGAGAUCAUGUCCUUUCAUCAUUCAGGUUGUCAUCAACCUCUGUAAUACACAUCUUAUGAGAAUAAUAAAAGAUGAUUAUUAUUCUUCUUCUCUUCUUUUAA